CGGACCGAAACCGGUCUGGAUAUAGUUUGAGAAUGGCGUUCUUGGGAGGCUGAACUUUCAAAAGUUACAUGCAAGUCCAAUAUGUUCGGACCGAAACCGGUCUGGAUAUAGUUGCAGGUUUUAUAUUUCUUACUGAAAUAUACGGACCGAUUUCGGUCCGUAUAGUAUAUAUAUACGGACCGAUUAUACAUCGGUCUGUAUAUUAUACUUAUUCGUACCAGCACAUGACCGAAGAAUGCCAGGACGUGAGCGUAGCAGGGCCAACGCCGAAGCAUUGCAUCGUAGCAGCAAUGACGCAUGAAGCAAAGCACACGGGUCUGGAGUGGGCGGGGGGAGGGACGGUUCCAUCCAUCAGUUGGGGGGAACAGAGGCUAGCGACAGGGUUCGCACACGCUGGCCGUAGGAAGGCUUGGAACUGGUCAUAAGGUGGGGCAUAUGUUUGCGCUAAAUUAUUAACAUAUUCCGUAUCAUAAAAUGGAUAUACCAUCAUUUUUAAAUGUUCAUUUCAUCCAAACCCUGCUUUGUGCUAUUGAGUUAAAGUCUUUACGAAUUCCAUAUCAACAAAGCUUCUAAGCUUGUGUCAUAACAUCCCCCUUUUGGUAUACCUUUUGGUUUAUCAAGUAGGGAAAUGUACCGCACUAAAUAAAAAAUAAUAGCAGAA